AUGGGUAUAGUAUAAGAUAUGUUCUCUCUCUGUUUUCCCGGUCCCCAGUGCUUAUAUAUAUAGGUGAGCCCUCUCGACAUUGUAUCAGAAUCAGACACACAAUCUGAUACUAUUAUCGAUCAAGUUUAUUUGAGAGAGAGAGAGAGAUAUCAAUCGUAAUCAUCAUCAUCAUCAUCAUAAAUCCGAGGCCAAUUCUGGAGAAUCUCUCUCCCAUCACUUUCUAAAAUUUUCUUUGUUCCACUUCCAAAGCAAGCAGAGAAAAACAUGGCAGCCUUUUCAUCAACAUCAUUUCACCACCACCAUCCUUUUCUCCUCGACUCUCUUUUCCACCCAAACGCAACCACCAUUGAUGCUAUUGCCAACAACAAUCAUCUCUCCUCUCACAACUUCAAUCCUUCUUUUCUCCCAAACAUGGAUAACAAUUCCUCUUCCAUUGUGACUGAUCAUAAGCAUGAAAGCAAUGACCAAAUCACUCAAAACUUCGUCACUCCCAUGGACAAUAAGAAGAGGAAAUGCAAAUCCCGCUCUUCUGCAAAUUCUGCUCAAUCCAAGGAUAAGAGAGAAGUGAAGGGAAAGAAGCAGAAGAAAAUAAAAGAUGAUGAAGAAAAGAAGAAUAACUCCAAAGAAAUUAAAGCUGCAGAAGCAGCAGGCUACAUACAUGUAAGGGCUAGGAGGGGCCAAGCUACUGAUAGUCACAGUCUUGCUGAGAGGGUAAGGAGAGAGAGAAUAAGUGAAAGAAUGAAGCUGCUACAGACUCUUGUUCCUGGUUGUGACAAGGUAACUGGGAAGGCCCUCAUGUUGGACGAAAUUAUUAAUUAUGUUCAAUCCCUCCAAAAUCAAGUUGAGUUUCUCUCAAUGAAGCUUGCUUCUGUGAAUCCCAUGUUCUAUGACUUUGGGGUGGACUUGGAAUCAUUCAUGGUUAGGCCUGAUCAGGAUCUUAGUGACUUGCCAUCCCCAACAAGCCCACAUGCAGAAUCAUUAAUGGUUGCCAACAACUAUAAUUUUCUUGAAAAUCCUCUUCUGUUUCAACAAGCUCAACUUCCAUGUGUCCUCCCAUACCCACAGGGAAGCAGACAGACCUUGUGGGAAGUGGAUGAGCAUAGACAAAAAAAUUUCAAUCAGUCAGGAUUCAACAACAGCCUGUUUUCAUUCCAUUAAUAUAAACUCCAGCAUCUAGCCCUACACCAUCUGGUACGUUAUAAGAAUUUGAUUGAUCGAGGAAAAAUACAGUGGCAAAUGAAAGCAAAUGCUCAUAAUAUUUCUAAUUAAAGAAGGGGAAAAAAUCAAGUCGCAUUGAUAGAUUUGAUGAGUAUCAAAAAGGGCUAAAAAAGUCGGUGGAUAUAAUCUAUGGACAGAUUAUAUGAUCUUUAUCAGAUCCCUUUAUUCCUCUUCAGAAUUUGACUCUCAAUUAUGGCCGCACAUUUUCCCGUGCUUGUAAAUUUAGGCACAAAUUAUGUAAAGGGAAAUUAAGAUUAAUUAAUUAGCAUUUCUAUGCGUUGAGGAUAUAUUGUAUUGAAUGUUGUGAACUAGCAUUUGCAAUUUCAUUAUAUCUUAUUCUUACUAUUACUAUA